AUGCGACUCAUCAACACCAGCACAGGAGCCUUCGAAGAGUUUAUCGGUCGAAAUAUCCCGGAAUAUGCGAUACUAUCACAUACUUGGGAAGACGAGGAAGUAUCAUAUCAGGACUAUCUCGGCGGCGCUUGUCCACUUAAGAAGGGGUACGAAAAAAUCAGAAAGACAUGUGAACUGGCCAGAGAAAGUGGUGUGGUAUAUGCUUGGGUAGACACAUGUUGCAUCGACAAGAGCAGCAGCGCCGAAUUGACAGAAGCCAUCAACUCGAUGUAUAUAUGGUACCAAAGAAGUCAAAGAUGCUAUGUGUAUUUCUCAGAUCUUUUGGCAGAUGCAGAUCUGGCAACACAACUAUCAGCGUUUACACGCGGCUGGACCUUACAGGAGUUGAUAGCGCCUUUCGAAACGCACUUUUUUGAUUCGCAAUGGAACCAAGUGGGGACCAAAGCAAGUCUCUGCUCCCAGAUAUCACUAAUUACUGGGGUUAAUUUGGGCAUAUUACAGCAUGACGAGGCUCUCUCGUCGGUAUGCGUUGCUCGCAAGAUGUCGUGGGCUGCAAAACGAAUGACCACCCGCAUUGAAGACAUGGCGUAUUGUCUACUCGGCUUAUUCGGCGUCAAUAUGCCUUUACUAUAUGGUGAAGAAUCGAAAGCUUUCCGCAGACUGCAAGAAGAGAUCAUCAGAUCGAGCCCUGAUCUUAGUAUCUUCGCUUGGAUCGCUGAGCCAUCACGUACAGGUUCAUCGCCUCUAGAAUCUGACAUCCAGCCUCAUUGCGGACUUCUCGCCCAAUCCCCUGUUCCGUUUGCACAUGCUCGAAAACUCCAGACUGCAUCAUUUGGUGAUUACUCUAUUGAGUUUUCGGUUCGCAACAACGGUGUGCGACAUUUGACGAAACCGUGA